GAGUGGAAGCCUCUGGGAAAUACUACUUUAACAUGAGGAAGGAGAGCAGGUUAAUCCGGUGGAUUGGGUGGAUUGUGGUUGUUACAGCUUUGUUUUUGCUGGGCUUCAUCAUAGGCUGGUUUGCAAAGCCCACACAUUCAAACAGUGCCAAUAGAAGUGAUUCCAGUAAGUAUCUGAGGGAGUUUCUGGAUGAAAUGCGGCCAGAUCACAUCAGGGAGCAUCUCAGGAAAUUUACACAACUCCCUCACCUGGCUGGUACAGAGCAGAAUCUGAGAUAUGCAGAGCAGAUCAGGAAAGAGUGGCUGGAGUUUGGACUGGACUCAGUGGAGAUUGUGCCCUAUGACGUACUGCUGUCCUAUCCCAACAAAUCACAGCCAAAUUACAUCUCACUGGUUGAUCAGCUUGGCAGUGAGAUUUUUAACACAUCCUUGGCCGAACCAGUUCCAGAGGGUUAUGAAGAUGUUUCUAACAUUGUACCUCCGUACAGUGCUUUCUCUGCCAAAGGACGACCCGAGGGGGAUUUGGUGUAUGUGAACUAUGGUCGAACAGAAGACUUUUUCCAGUUAGAGAGGGAGAUGGGCAUCAAUGUUACUGGGAAGAUUGUCAUUGUCAGAUAUGGGAAAAUAUUCAGAGGCAAUAAGGUGAAAAACGCCAUGUUGGCCGGAGCAAAGGGGAUCAUUAUGUUCUCAGACCCUGCAGAUUACUGGGCGGCUGGAGUUCAGCCCUACCCUGAAGGCUGGAACCUGCCCGGUGGAGGAGCUCAGAGGGGAAAUGUUCUAAACCUGAAUGGAGCAGGAGACCCACUCACACCAGGGUACCCUGCCAAAGAAUAUACGUACAGAUUCAGCCCUGAGGAUGGAGUGGGUCUUCCCAAGAUUCCUGUUCAUCCAAUUGGCUUCCAUGACGCAAUACAUCUGCUGAAGAACAUGGGAGGACAGAUUCCACCGAACAACUGGAAAGGAGCUCUGAAUGUCUCAUACAGGAUUGGUCCAGGCUUCAAAGAUGACUUCAAAAGCCAGAAGGUGCGUAUGAACAUCCACACUAACAACGAGGUAACCCGCAUCUACAAUGUCAUCGGCAGAAUAAGAGGAGCUCUGGAGCCAGACAGGUAUGUGAUUCUCGGAGGGCACAGGGAUGCCUGGGUGUUUGGAGGGAUUGACCCCAUGUCUGGUGCUGCGGUGGUCCACGAAACUGUCAGGAGCGCUGGCAGGCUGCUCAAUAAAGGCUGGAGACCCAGGAGGACUUUAAUAUUUGCCAGCUGGGAUGCAGAGGAGUUUGGAUUGCAGGGAUCUACAGAAUGGGCAGAGGAUAAUGCCAAGCUGCUGCAGGAGAGAGCUGUGGCUUACAUCAAUGCCGACUCUUCCAUUGAGGGCAUGUACACACUGAGGGUUGACUGCACUCCGUCUCUACACACUUUGGUGUAUGACCUCACCAAGCAGAUAGCCAGUCCAGAGGAGGGAGAGGAGGGAGUUUCUCUGUAUGAGAGUUGGCAUAAGAGGGACAACUGGACGAAUGACCGUGAUGCACCCAGGAUCAGUAAACUCGGGUCAGGCAGUGAUUUUGAGGCCUAUUUUAUCCGUCUGGGAAUUGCUGCAGGUAGAGCCAGAUACACCAAGAAUAAGAAAACAGAGCGGUACAGCAGCUAUCCAGUCUAUCACAGUGUGUAUGAAACCUUCGAGAUAGUGGAGAAGUUUUACGACCCCUCCUUCAAGAGGCUUCAGGCAGUGGCCCGGGUAAGAGGUGGGCUCAUCUUCCUAUUGGCUGAUUCCCAGCUCCUUCCUCUCGAUGUCAACCAGUAUGCAGAGUCACUGAGAAAGUACGCACAGAGCAUCGCACAGCUGGCACAGAGACACCCAGAGGAGAUGAAGAUGUAUGAGGUGUCGUUUGAUUCUUUGUUUUCUGCUGUGGAAAACUUCACUGUUGCAGCUGGGGACUUCCAUGAGCGACUGCAGACCCUCAACAGAGCAGAUCCUCUGCAGGUACGCAUCAUGAAUGAUCAGCUCAUGUAUCUGGAGAGAGCGUUCAUAGACCCCCUGGGCUUACCUGGUAGACCCUUUUACAGGCAUGUUAUUUUUGCUCCCAGCAGCCAUAAUAAAUACGCUGGGGAGUCUUUCCCUGGGAUUUAUGACGCAUUGUUUGACAUCGAGAACUCAGCUGAUCCACAUAAGGCCUGGGAGGAAGUCAAGCAUCAAAUCAGCAUUGCAGCAUUCACUGUUCAUGCUGCUGCUAUGACACUAACACCACCUGCAUGAAGCAGGGCCAGUGUAAAACCACAAGGCUGAGCUGUCUAUUGACAACGAUGUUAAAACACCCAAAUGUGCGGAGAGGGAAAACACGACCAGCGACACACAGACAUGGAAAAUCCCUCUUUUCUGUACAAGUUAUGUUCCAGGAACAUCCAGAGCUCAGAACUACAGUGAACCACCAAAAUACAACCCUGAUUUCUUAUGUGACUACAUAAAGUAAAUUCUUAUGUUUUAAUGUUCUUUAGUUUUGUAGUCUCUGUCUACUACAAAGAUGCCAAAUAGGAUCAGUCCACCCUUUACAUGUGGGUAGAAAACCAUUGAUAUUCUGUUGCCCUGAGAUAAAAAAAAAUGUGACAGUUUUUAUUAACAGCCAUUUUUCAAAUAAAUAACUUUCUUAAAUUUACU